AGUAUUGACACUACCACUACGUUUCCGUACACGAACAAGCAAAAGGAAAGACAAUGACAAGGCCUGGUCGCAGCAGAGCGUUCACUUCUGGUAGGAUGUUGCUCCUGGUUUCGGGGAGUAGCAUCGCAACCUUUUGCCUUGCUUCAAGGAGACGGACUCGGCGUCGCGAAAACGAACUUCUUCGAUCGUCCGCGAUGAUUGAAGAACACGACGAGCUAGAGCAGAAAGACUCCGAAGCAACCAAGUCAGGGAACCAGGAGGAGUCCAAUAUCAACCCCCGUGCCCGUGCUGAAGCAGCAUCAACGUCUCAAACUGAACCUACCCUGAGUUCGAGUCUUACAGCGGCGGAGGAGGAGCAACUGUUUGAUCAGCUGAAGGCGCUGACGCGACUAACGGCGACAUCUUCAAGUAUCGCUAAGAAGGCUGAGGAAACCUCCAAUGGGAGUCGUCACCACGAGGACCAGGUGGGCAAAAAAGAGUGCAAGACGUGUCCCGAGGAUCCUGAAGGAACCUUGAACACACUUCAGGAAGUAAUGAACAGCGGCCGUGGCGACGAUCAAGCGACGUCGAGCGUCCCCAUGGCGCUUCUGCAGGACAACCUGGCACAUGGUUACACCUAUGGGGCGGGAUGUGCCCUGAAAGACGGGAAGGCAUGUGGCUGCGGCAUGCCGUGGGUACUCUAUCUCUAGUGCCUAUCCUACAGCUACAGCAACUAACAAGGUAAAAAUUUAAUUUACGGUGUCCUCCAGAUCUACCUAGAUACAUUAAUAGUCUUAUAUUAGAGUAGUUUAUAGACGCUGGGCACGCUGGGCUACGCUGGGUGGCUGGGCGGCCUCGCUGGGCACGCUGGGCGGCAACGCGGGGCACACUGGGCGGCAACGCUGGGCACGCUGGGCGGGCGCAUGGAUGGCGCUUAGCGGACUUGAGGGCCACACAUUGGGCGUGCCGAGCCUCCGCGGCCGGUGGAUUUACUUGCGCCGCGGGGACGCGGUGCAGCGCGUCCUCCCCGUGAGGACAAAAAAAGGCGGCACGCCGCCCUCAUUCAAGGUUCAGAACAGCGCUGGCGCAGUGCUGCGCCAGUUUGCGCAGCAGCGGGCUGCGCGGCAUCUGCUCUGUUCAGGCUUGCACUGCGUCGCGCUGCACUGCGCUGCGCGAUGCGUGCAAUGCUGCGCCGCUCCUGUGCACAACGGUAAGCUCGCCGCCGUCGUUGGCCUCGCCCUACGCUAGACUAGCGCCGCCGGUGGGGUUCUCAAGCGGGCGCCCGAAGGGCGCCCCGCAAUUGGAGACGCCCAGCGUCACGCUGGGCGCAGAAUUCGGCAGAUCUGGCAGAUUUGGGUCGCCCAGCGACCCAGUGUGCCCAGCGUGCCCGGCCCAGCCAUGCUGGGAACCCUUAUAAACUGUUCUAUUAUAUAUCUAAAUCUUCCAGUUAUUUUUGGCGCGACAUAAAACAAACAGUAGAUCUUAAUAACAACAAAGGAGAAGAUCCAAGGAACGUCAUUGUGAAAACCAUCUUCCGAUUGCGUCUUCCAUCGAUGACAGUUUCGCGAAUGUUCCACUUCGAUUGCUGGUGACGGCAAAGGCGGUGUGGUGUCCUUCCUAGUAUCUUUGUGGCGGCACGCAGUGACGUCCACAGUGAGUUCUUCUUUCAUUCUACUUGGUGGUACGGCGACGAGAGAAGCAACCUCAAGUGAAAGCGAGGCCGAUCGAGUUCAAAUCAUGGGCUAUUGCAGAUUGCGGGAUUGGGUAUGGACGUGGCCGGUUUUCGCGUUGGCUCUGCUUGCAUGGGUGGCGCAGCGCUACCUGUUUCAGCCACACGUGGCAGUGCAACAAAUGCUCGAAAAGCGUGCGAUUAGUUCGACUACAGUAUCCCAGAGUGGCGAUUAUGAAUCCGCCUGAAUUUUUCACCCUAGCAUUUUAUAGGCUAAGUAGAUGAAGAUUGAAGAAGUGUUCGUAUUCCUCCAAAAGCGCAAUCAGCUCUCUCUGUCAACCCUAGGUCGUACCCCUUCGAACAAUAACUAACAGUGAUCAGAAGUUAGUACUAGUGGUGGUCGUCAUCGUCUCCGUUCACUAUUGCUGUCGGCGCUUCAUCUUUUGAUUUUCUAAGAAUGUACCGCUGCACCCGAGACAUCAGAGGACGAUCCCGUUGGUUUCACAGCGUAUGGCGCGCUAUUGCACGCUUCAGCGCGCGAUGGUACCCACCGUUACGGUAGCAGCGAGAACUCACAUUCCGAACAAGUAGAUCAUGAGGUUGCUACUGACUAUGGCAGCGACGAUGAGACGAUGAAGAAUUUUAAUCGUGGGAGCAAUAUAGAAGGUACUACACCUGGAACAAACGGAUCUCGACGUGAGUUGAAGAAGAAUUCAACGCGCAAUGAUCAGAAGCCAGACGAAUUAGAACCACAUGGAGCCUUGAUGCCUGUCAUAGGUGGCGGCCGAAUGCAGUUUUACGCUGAUCCUGUCGGACCUGAACUUCUGGAUCUAGUCGUACCAGACAUGCACCAAAACAACAAGCGAGGACCAGCAGCAGGGGUCAAAAAUAAAGGAAAUGCCUCGCCUUUGGAUCAACCAUCUUCAUUAAUGCCGGGCGGACGAGAGUUUCUUUCGUCUACUUCAUCAACAUCCGCUGCAAUUUUUAUUAAGACUGCGAGAAAUCCAUAUCCAUCUUCACGGGCAUCUUGGUCCCGUUUUUCGACGGAAGAGGGGGCCCAAGAUGCUGCUGAAGAUGGGUUUCUGUUCGUUCUAAGUUUCGUCGCGAACUCCAACGUGUUUCAGUAGAGGAUCCUUCCUCAUCCUCGAGCGGCGACGAGCAAGGGAGCAGCUUGUUGGCACACGAGUCUGACCGAGAAGGAAUGAUGGGCAGUUCCUCUGUGAACUUGA